AUGUCAACCAUAUCUCUUUUUCUCUCUUCUUCAGAUACCACAACAUACUCCACAGAACGAUCUGAGCAUUUCAAACCCUGCCGAGACAAGGACCUAGCAUAUUGCCUCAACGAUGGCGAGUGCUUUGUGAUUGAGACCCUGACUGGAUCCCAUAAACACUGUCGGUGCAAGGAAGGCUACCAAGGAGUCCGCUGUGAUCAAUUUCUGCCGAAAACAGACUCCAUCUUGUCGGAUCCAACAGACCACUUGGGGAUUGAAUUUAUGGAGAGUGAAGACGUUUAUCAAAGGCAGGUGCUGUCAAUUUCAUGUAUCGUCUUUGGAAUUGUCAUCGUGGGCAUGUUCUGUGCAGCGUUCUACUUCAAAAGCAAGAAACAGGCUAAACAAAUCCAAGAGCAACUGAAAGAAUCACAGCACGGGAAAAACUACAGCCUCAAGACAUCCAGCACAUUGUCAAAGUCCGAGAGCCUGAUGAAGAGCCAUGUCCAGCUACAAAAUUACUCAAGGGUGGACAGGCAUCCCGUGACUGCACUGGAGAAAAGAAUGGAGUCAAGCUUUGCCGGUCCCCAGUCAUUCCCCGAGGUCCCUUCUCCUGACAGAGGAAACCAGCCUGUCAAGCACCACAGGAAUAUUUCUUCUUGCUGCAGUCCAGGACAAAGGAGUGGGAUGCUGCACAGGAAUACCUUCCGGAGGACACCACCCUCACCCCGAAGCCGACUGGGUGGGAUUGUAGGACCAGCAUAUCAGCAACUGGAAGAAUCAAGGAUCCCAGAGCAGGAUACAAUACCUUGCCAAGGGAUAGAGGUCAGGAAGACUAUAUCCCAUCUGCCUAUACAGCUGUGGUGUGUUGAAAGACCCCUGGACUUAAAGUAUGCAUCCAAUGGCUUAAGAACCCAACAAAACGCAUCCAUAAAUAUGCAACUGCCUUCAAGAGAAACAAACCCCUAUUUUAAUAGCUUGGAUCAAAAGGACCUAAUGGGUUAUUCAUCCCCAAGGGCCAACUCUGUGCCCAUCAUCCCUUCGGUGGGUCUAGAAGAAACCUGCAUGCAAAUGCCAGGGAUUUCUGAAGUCAAAAGCAUUACAUGGUGCAAAAACUCCUAUUCCGCUGACAUCGUCAAUGCGAGCAUUCCAGUCAGCGAUUGUCUUCUAGAAGAACAACAGGAAGUGAAGAUCUUGCUAGAGACUGUGCAGGAACAGAUCCGGAUUCUGACUGAUGCCAGGCGGUCAGAAGACUAUGAACUGGCCAGCGUGGAAACUGAGGACAGUGCCAGUGAAAACACAGCCUUCCUUCCCCUGAGUCCCACGGCCAAAUCAGAACGAGAGGCACAAUUUGUCGUAAGAAAUGAAAUACAAAGAGACUCUGUGUUAACCAAGUGA